CGAGCCGAGCCGAAGCGGGGGAUGCCGCCUCCUCGGAACCUGCGAGGGGCUCCGCUCCUGUGUCCCCUCGCAGCCUCCGGGCAUUCCCUGGCAGCGGGAUGCAGCCGGGGGUCCCAGGCUGCCCCGGCCGGGAAUUGUGCCCUCUUCCGCUCCUCCCUGUGCCGCCAGGCUGCCGGAACAGCUGGGGCUGCCCCUGGGUCCCUGGCAGGGCUCAAGGCCAGGCUGGACAUUGCGGCUUGGGGCAGCCUGGGAUGGUGGAAGGUGUCCCUGCCCAUGGCAGGGGUGGGAUGGGAUGGGCUUUAAGGUCCUUUCCUGCUCAAACCCUUCUGGGUUUCUAUCAAGCCUGUGUAGGACCAGCUCUGACUGGGCUGGCCCCAGCCCAGCUGUGGGAUGAGCUGGAGGGAAGGCUGAGCUGUCUGAGGAGCUGGGUGUGCUCGGACCAGUGCUGGCCACUGCCUGCAGAGACGGGACCUGGAGCCCGGCUCUGCCCAUCCCCAGCCCGGGCUGCUCCCGAAAGGUUCACCUGCCUGCCAGGUGGGCACCCCAACACCCCCACGUUUCCCCCAGCUAUGGCUGAGGAGCUCAGUGAGCUGCUGAGGGAGUUCGAUGAGGUCAUGGAGGACUUCGACCGAGGCCCUGCAAGUCAGUACCAGCAGCACCUGGAGGAACUGAAGAGGAAAGCGGGACAGAGUGUGUAUGACAGUGGCAUUGAUGAGCUGGAGAGUGCCAGCACAUCCCCAGGAAGCAGCCUCAACUCCAGUGAGGAGCACCUCAACGGCCCAGCUGACACUUAUCCCACCAAAGCAAAGCUCGGAGACACGCAGGAGCUGGAGGAGUUCAUCGCAGACCUGGAUAAAGCCUUGGAGGAGAUGUGAGCUGUGCUGUGGAGUCUGGAGAGGAGCAGCCCCAGCCCUGAGUCUCCCUGACGCUGCCUCUGCUUCUGCACCCCUGGCUGGGGUGGGGAUGGCUCCGGGGACAGGGACGGGCAGUGGGGAUGAAUCCGGCCGCGGGACAAUGGUGGCAAGGCUCUGCCAGCGCCAGGAGAGGACAGCCCUGGGCGAACACCUGGCCCUGCCCUGGACCAGGUCUGGUGGCUCUGGGCUUUGGGGGGGAGCUGGGCUGCUGCUGAAGCCCCCAGAGUAAUUUUGGGGAAGAUCAGCUUGCAGGACAUCAGCGUGACCUCAGUGUCCCCCCCCCCCCAGGGUGGGAAGCCUGGUUCCUUGGUGGCAUCUGUCACUGCUGACCUUUGCUUUGCAUGGGGAGCCCCAAAGCGGGCCCCUCUCUGCCCCCCAAGUGCCUCUGCCCCAGCUGCUGCUGUAAAUACUGUAAAAAAUAUGUUUUGUGCUGUACAGAGGGGACAUGGUUCUGUGAACAGGAUUUUAAACCUC